CCCGUUUUUUUCUCUAGAGACAGCUGUAAACCUCAUGUGGGUUUCCUCAUUAGGAGGAGAGACUUCGCGCUGUGAAUACAGGGUGUGCAUUGUGUAAUUGCAUUUGAACAUGAACAAAAGCUCAAAUACUAGCGUUGACCUUAUCCAGAGGAGCUAAUUAACGGUCAGGUGCAAAGAUGAAAAGGAAAAAUUUUCAGACAAUAGUGUUAGUUCUGACAGGUGUUGUGUGCCUGCUCUUUAUCAUGAACAAAAAUGAUUUUGAAAAUGACGUGACACUGAAGAGUGAAGAUGUAAAUGAGGUGCUCAAUCAUCAAAAAGAUUAUCCUAUAUUUGAAACUUCCCUGACUUCGUCUUCAUAUUGUCAGCAGAAUGUGUCUGCUUAUAAUGUGACUGGAUUUUCGACUCUGCCAAAACAUAUCCAAGACUUCCUGCUUUACCGACACUGUAGGAGUUUUCCCAUGCUUCUUGAUUUGCCUGAUAAGUGUGGUGGACCUCAAAACUCUGCAGAUGUCUUCCUUCUGCUGGUUAUCAAGAGUUCUCCAGAGAAUUACGAUCGACGGGAAGUUUUGCGGAAAACAUGGGCUAAAGAAAGACAGCACAAAGGCGUGUGGAUCCGCAGAGUCUUCAUAAGCGGAACGAGCAGAACUGGCUUUGAGAAGCGCAGGCUGAAUAAGCUAUUGAAGAUUGAGAACAGUGAAAACAAAGACAUUUUACAGUGGGACUUCCAUGAUUCAUUCUUCAACCUCACACUGAAGCAGGUCCUUUUCUUAGAGUGGAUGGACAGAUGGUGCCCACACGCCAGAUUUCUUUUAAAUGGAGAUGAUGACAUCUUUGCCAAUACGUUUAAUAUGGUUGAGUAUCUGCAAGGUCAGAAGGGCAAUGAUGGAAGUAAACAUCUCUUUACAGGGCACAUCAUCCAGUACGUAGGUCCCAUCAGACACCCUGCAAGUAAAUAUUAUGUCCCGGUGCAGGUACAGGAAUCUGAAAGGUAUCCUCCAUACUGUGGUGGAGGAGGCUUUCUUCUCUCCGGCUUCACGGCCAAAACGAUCUACAACAUGUCUCACUCUAUAGAGCUGCUGCCUAUUGAUGAUGUUUACAUGGGAAUGUGUUUGAAAAAGGCUGGCCUCAAACCUACAUCCCACCCUGGUGUAAGGACCGCCGGUCUGCAUAUCCCCGCUCCGAAUGUUGACAAAUUUCACCCUUGCUUUUACAGGGAAAUCAUUUUAGUUCACAGAUUUCUGCCGCACAUGAUUUUUGUGAUGUGGGAUGAAAUACAAAACCCACAUUUGCAAUGUGGAAAGACACAUUCCGUGUUAAGUCUAGAAAACAAUAAACAGGGUGUGUGAUUACUUUUAAAGGGAAACAUAGUAGCUUGCUGGAAUCAGUAUGAUUCAGUUUUAUUUUAAAAUAAUGAGCUUUACAAGAAUCCUUUUCUAAACAUGGUGUACUUUGGGAAAAUUAUUGCCUUUGGUAAAUAAUGUGGUGUUUUGCACUUUAACUGAAAAGGGUGGUCGGUUCCUUUCUCAGCAGAGCUGGUUAUAGUUGUUGUGAUCUUUAUGGACAGUGAUCUUUAUUCUCAGUAUGUAGAGAUGGAAAUAUAUUUUGCUUUUUAAAUGUAAUUUUAUCAGGGGAAUUUAUUGCACUUUUGGAAAGAACAGGCAUGAACGUUGUCGCUUGGGUGGUAUCUUUUCAAAAGUUACACUUUUGUACCUCAUAUACCCCUACAGGGUGCAUCGAAUGCCCAUUUUCCAAAAGUUAUUGUUUAGGGUCUUGUCAAAAACUGCUCUGUUCACAGCAACCCGUUCGGUGCAUGUCUCUUUAAAUGAUAAUGAGCUCUGCUCACCACACCUCUCUUUCAUUUUUCUUGCAUAUUUGGUGUGGUGUUACCAUCAAAAACAAAACUAAUCCACUGCGUCCUCAAUGGCUCUGUUGUUGAAGACUCGUAUGUUCAUUUUUACAUCCAACUACAAAACAUUGCUUACGAGACGUUGCUGCUACAAUGGACAGUGUACAACUGGAUGAGGACGGAAAUAUGCUAAUACAGGACGUUCUGUCAGCAGACCCUUUACGAAAACCCGCCCUCAUUAGAUACUGUUGCUGUGUCCAACAAACAAAGACACUCUCACGCUAUACAUCAUGUAUGUAAUACCUUUUGAAAAGACACCACUUCAGUGACGGCUUUUGUUGUGUUUUUGUUCGAGAUUGUGUAGUAUAUAAGAAUGAAGUAGGAUUCUCUAUGCAAAGAUGACUGCUGAUAAGCAGCUGAAGGAUUUUACACCUAUAAGAGGUGUAAAAGGUAUUUCGAAGUACAGUGCUGUAUUGUAACGAAGUACAAAUAUUUGUUAGCUACUUAUGAGUUUUGAAAUGUUUUUUAUGUCAUCUUUUACUUCACUCAUUUUGAGGAGAAAAUGAAUACUGUGUAAUGGAUUUUUUUUUUUUUUUUUUACAGAGAAGCAUAUGUUCAUGUAACUUUAAUUUGUCUUUGGGUAUAAAUUAUUUUGAUAACCUACUUUUUUAAUGCGGAUGAAGUUACAUGUGUUUAAAUUUGACAGCUGUAGAAUGUUUUGCAUUAGUAACGCCAAAUACCACCUUCAAAAGUCAAAUAAUAAUAAAAUGCGGUACCAUAUUUA